ACAAUCUUAAAAUCUUUGUGACGAAUUCACCUGUUAUGGUCAGUACAGAGUGUUCCACGACGUCUACAUAUAUGACGAACCCCGAUACAAUGUAAUACAGCGACAGACAGUCUAAGCUCCACUUCAUAUUGGAUGUAACUGUGAAUGUGCAGGUUCCACGAUGGGCUCUUUUAGUAAAUGCUUCGAGGCUGUGUCUGACUUUUUCCAGAGAAUUUUCGGCGCCAUCGGCGUUUUUAUUGGCACCUACCCAGUUAUCCUCAUAAUUAUCUCACUUUUGGUAACUAUUGUUCUCAGCUGUGGUAUGGUAACACUGUCCAGCGAGUCUGACACAGAGACACUGUACACGCCCACUAACAGCCGAGCAUCACAAGACAGAGUUCAGUACCAAGCCACGUUUCCCGAUGCCACGGGAAGCAACUACCGCGGAUAUGCACUGUCAGAUCUCUCAAUGUUUGGCCGACUUGUAGUAAGCAGUGCAACAGGUGGGAACAUACUGUCUAAUGUAUCACUGGAAGAAAUACGGAACCACAUCAGAAUAAUAAAACAUUUCAAUAUUACAUAUAAUGGUGUGGUGUUCAAAUAUGACGAUAUUUGUGCUCGACAAAAUGGGAGUUGUUUUGCGUCAGGAGAGUUCCUUGUGACAGAUGCUGUAUACCAAGCCUAUCUAACUGGCGGAAUCACCUACCCAAACUGGGAUAACAUUGACUUAUCAGCAAUUCUAGGCCAGGUUGAUUCAACAGGUGGAAAACUAGUGUCUGCAAAGUACCUGAGCAUUACGUUUAAUUUACGAAUGGAUUCAGCUGAUAACAAGGCAAAGGCAAGAGCCUGGGAAGAGGAGUUCCUGAAGAGAGCAGCAGCUUUAGACACAACAUCUACCAGGAUAAACUACGCCGCCUCACAUUCGUUGGACACAGAGCUGAACAAAAACACAAACGGAGACAUUGUGUUCUUCUCUAUAACGUUCACGUUGAUGAUCACGUAUGCCACUGUCGUUGUCGGCGGUGAUGUAGUGUCAUCGAGGACGUGGGCAUCUUGGGCCGGAGUGAUGGCAGCUGGAUUUGGCAUCAUCUCAUCGUUCGGACUUGUCAGUUUUUGUGGUGUGAAGUUUGUCAAUAUCGUCGGUGUAACACCAUUUCUUAUCAUAGGUAUCGGUGUGGACGACAUGUUCCUGUUGAUGUCCAGCUGGGCGGAGACCUACCCUCUCCGAGACCAGACUGUAGCCUCCAGGAUGGGGAAGACGUUUGCCUCAGCGGGUAUCGGUAUCACCAUCACGUCCCUCACGGAUCUCCUGGCCUUUGUUAUCGGCGUGUCUUCUGUUUUUCUCAGUGUCAGGAAUUUCUGUCUCUAUACAGGUGUGGCCGUCAUCUUCUGCUAUCUGUACCAGUGUGUCUUCUUCUCCCCUUGCCUGGCCCUCCAUGGCCGUCGUGUUGACAGUAACAGACAUUGCAUGACCUGUCUCAAAACCAAAUCCAGAGAAGACCUCAGGAAAGACGAUGGCACCUCAACAUGUAAAGUGUUCUGCUGUGGAGGGUCACCACCAGCAAAGAGGGGGCAGGACGAACGAUACUUUGAGACCCUGCCACGGAAGUACCUGCCACGAAUGCUGCUGAAUAUGUGGGGAAAGAUUAUUGUUAUUCUCAUAUAUAUUGCAUACCUUAGCGUGUCCAUAUGGGGAACCGUGAACUUCAAACAAGGUUUGAUUCUGAAGAAUCUAGUGUCCACAGAUUCAUACUAUCAUUCCUAUAGUGAGACAUAUGAUAUGCACUUCUCCAGUUCUUUUCCUAUCCCGUUUAUAUUUGGCCCAACCACAAAUUACACAGAUAAGAAUACAGUAGAUCACAUCGAGUCUCUGAUUGAUACUGCAAAAGCAGACUCUGGGGUAGACGAGAAUUCACUUAUUUGUUGGUACUAUUCUUACAGAGCAACAACUGCUUAUGAUAACAGCAGCAAUAUCGCUUUUGUAUCAGGAUUGAAAGCAUUUCUUACAACAACCACAGUAUUUGAUAAUGAUGUUGUAUUUGACUCAUCCGAUACUGCUGUCAAAGAUUCCCGAUGUUAUUUUUUAUCAACAAAUAUUAAAGAAUCCAACGCCCAGGCCGAUGUGAUGGUUCGAAUGAGGGCAUUGGCAGACAACUCACCUCUCUCUGUCUACACCUUCCAUCCUGCUUACAUCUUCUUUGAGCAGUAUGUUGCUAUCCUACUCAGUACAUUACAAACUGUGGGCGUCGCACUGGUCGUUAUGACUGUGGUCACCUGCAUCUUCCUUCCUCAUCCCUUCCUGGUUUUCCUUGUGGUCAUUAACAUUGUUUCUAUCCUCGUUGGCAUCUUCGGGUUCCUUCAUGUCUGGGGACUGAGUCUCAGUUCAGUGACAAUGAUCCACCUCAUCAUGUCUGUUGGCUUCUCGGUGGACUUCAGUGUGCACGUGUGUUCUGCCUAUAUGCUUGGGGAAGGAAGAAACAGGAGAGAGAAGGUCGAAUCUGCCAUAGCCCACGCAGCUGGUCCCAUAUUAAAUGGUGGAAUGUCAUCUUUUCUGGGGAUCCUUGUGCUGGUAUUCUCAAAGUCCUACAUCUUCAACUCGUUCUUCAAGAUCAUGUUUACAGUCAUCCUGUUCGGUAUGUUGCAUGCCGUGUUUCUUCUCCCUUUGAUACUCUCUAUUCUUGGGCCAGUAACUACCUCAGCUGUAAGACCCCAGAGCAAACCGACUGAUCCUGCGCCUUCUAUCUCGUCAAAGAUGCAGAAUGGAAUGGAAUCAAGGAGGAGCAUCGCCUGCAUCCACGAGGAAACUGAACAGUGAAGUUGUGGUACCCGGUGUUGAGACAGAAUGGAGCAAUUUCCAAUACCCUUGUCAAAUACAAUCAGACCCUGUCGCCGUAUUAGACUUGGACAUGUUUGUCAUGUACAUUAUUAUUGUACUCAUCCACCCGUUGUUCCGCGAGAUUGCAGGUCCAGGGUAUAGACAAGAGCUGCUUCCAAAAACUUUCAUUUGAUUCCAUACAGGACCUUUACUCAUACAGUGCUCGUAUUCAGUUGCCUUUUAGCAUUUUUCGUCAAUGAGUGACAUUUCGUUUUGUUUCAAAGAAUAUUUUCAUGUCUUACUUUCAAUUUCUUUCUGACCAUAAUUUAACUUCGCAUCAGGGAAACAAGAAUAUGAUUUAAAAUGGUCCCUAGUAUGGUGAUCUACCUUCAGUUGUUUUUAUAUUGUAUUGUCUUCUGUAAU